AUGGUCCUACCUCGCAAGCAUCGCGAGAAAGCACCAACGCCCGUGAGAGACACUGAUGUCGAGUCGAAUGUUGAUGCAGGCACACCUCCAGGCGUGCAACCAGGCGUGGCGCGGAUCGUACAGAAUCUAGUCAUGGAACUAAUACGAGUCCACUGCUUCCAGAAGAGACUGCGAACAAAGCGUGGUGAAGUCCAACAAGGAAUUGAUGGAGACUACACCAAAAGCAUGAAUUCUCUGAAGGCACGCAUCACAAAGCAUUAUCAGAUCGAGACUCAGAAGCGAUCGAAACUCUUGAGUAAGCAGUUGGAACGACUCUCCCAGGCGAUCGAGAAGAAGCAAGCUUGCGAAGAUGCAAUCAUCAAGCUCAUGACCCAACUUUCCACAGAUGGAGCACACAUCGCGACACUGAUGAACGCAGUUCACACCGGGCGGAAGCAGUCCACUCUUGCCGCUGCUGCUGAGUUUAACAAAAAGUGA